AUGUUCUCAGAAACCACCAACACCACCUCAGAUCCAGUGAAAUUCGCUGAGUGGGAACCAAAAAUUCAAGAGUACAGAGAUCAGUUGAAAGCUGGUAUCCUUGACGACUUCAAGGCCCCCGACCACUUACUUCCUUCCGAGGAGGAGUUGGACAAAGGAUUGGAUGUUACUGAGUUCGCAGUCAAGUUCUUAACUCCAGAGGAGUUGGCUAUAACUGAAACACCUGGAACCGAGUUGGCUGCUCAGUUGGCCGCUGGAAAAUUGACAGCUGUUGAAGUUUUUACUGCCUUUGCAAAGAGGGCAACCAUUGCCCACCAAUUGACCAACUGUGCCAUGCAACUUUUCGUUGACGAAGGUCUCGAGAGGGCCAAAGAGCUAGAUGAGUACUACAAGACCCAUGGCAAGACCAUGGGUCCCUUGCACGGUUUGCCAUUAUCGUUGAAAGAGCAUUACAGCUAUAAAGGCAAGGUGACCCACCUGAGUUACGUUGGCUGGUUGGAUAAUGUCUCCCCCGAGUUUGCAUUGACUUUGAAAGAUAUGUUGGCGCAAGGAGCCAUUUUUUACAUCAGAACCACCGAGCCACAGUUGUUGAUGCACUUGUGUACUAACAACAACAUUACUGGUAAGUGUAGAAACCCUCACAACACCUCUUUGACUCCGGGAGGCUCAUCGAGUGGAGAGGGUGCAAUCGCAGCUAUGAAAGGUAGUGUCUUUGGUUUAGGAAGUGAUAUUGGAGGUUCAAUCCGUGUCCCUGCUGCUUUCUGUGGAGUUUGGGGCUUGCGUCCUACUCAGAAGAGAAUUUCGCUCAUGAAUUCCGUGAGUGCCUACGUUGACCAGGGCCAGGAAGUGGUGUAUCCUGUUCUCGGACCUUUGGCACGUAAUGCAGAUGACAUUGAUCUCUUCAUGAAGUCUUUGCUUGAUAGAGAACCAUGGACCGUAGAUCCUUUGGUUCUUCCAAUCCCCUGGAGGGAUGUGCCAGAGCCUGAAGCCAAGUCUCUUAAGAUUGCCAUUUGCUACGAUGACGGCAUUGUAAAGCCCACCCCACCAAUUCUUAGGGCCCUUAAGAUUGCCGAGGAGAAGCUUAAGGAAGCUGGUGUUGAAGUCGUUGAGUGGAAGAACACCGACGUGGAGAAGAUUGUGAAGGCAUGCAAUUCUGGAUACAACUACGACGGUAAUGUUGCACAGAAAAAGGCACUUGCUGCGUCUGGUGAGCCAUUGACCAAAUUGAGUGAUAUCUACCUUGCUUUUGGAUGCGGAGACGCUGGACUUACAGGAAAAGGUGUACAAGAUAUCUGCUACACCAGAGAUCUGAACAGAGUCAAGUACACACAGAUCAUGAAUGAUGAGGGUAUCAGUUUCAUCCUUUCACCAACAUACGCAUCUGUCGCUUCCAAGCCCGAAGUCAUCAAAUACUGGGGAUACUCCAACCUUUGGAAUAUUCUUGACUUCCCCAACGUGGUAUUCCCAAGUGGAUUAAAGGUCGACAAUGAGCUCGACAAGGUGGACGAGAGUUUCAUUCCUAGGAAUGAAGUCGAGGAGUAUGAAUAUUCACUUUACACCAGUCCUGAGGACUUUGCUGGUGCCCCUAUUGCUUUACAGUUGACAGGAAGAAGAUACUGUGACGAGAAUGUUGUUAAGGCAGCCAAGGUUCUUGAGAGCAUUAUUGUUGCUUAA